AUGGUAGAGUAGACUCGACAAAGCGUGUCGGUCAGGGUCGCGGGCAUAUUAUCUCACGACUAUUUUUGAUUUCUAAAAAUUGAAUCUCGUUUUUCUGCGUUAUUAUACAGAUAUGUACUCUAUCAUACAUUUCCCUUCGAAACCUUUUUCCAAUCAAAUCCUUCGAAACACGUUCUUCGAUCGAUCGUAAAGCAGACAUGAUUUUUAUAGCCGGUUUAUCGCGUCUAAUAAUAUCUGACUCGUAUAUUUUGAUAGGCAUGGCAUUAUAAAUAUCGCGGCUUUAUUGGCUUUGUAUCGAGAUAUCGCUCUUACGCGGGGACUUGUAUACCUGUCUAUCUGUCUUUGUCAGAAGGCGAACGACCUGUGAUAAAUCACAAGGUUGAAAUAUGCCGGAGGAACAGAAGUCUGCUGGUGGUCAACCAGAAGUAACAGCAGAAAAUGGAACCGAUACAAACUCGCCAACGAAAAGUCCAGUCAGCAAAGGCAAAACAGCUCUUGCAAGGAUUACAUUGUUGGAUGGAACAGUGAAAGAUUUUCAUAUAGAUAGAAAGGCAAAAGGCCAAGAGUUACUUGAUAUGAUAUGUCAAAGUAUGAAUUUAAUGGAAAAAGAUUAUUUUGGUCUUAUUUACGAGGAUAGGCACGAUUCACGAAAUUGGUUAGAUUUGGAUAAAAGAAUUGCAAAAUUUAUAAAAAACGAACCAUGGAAAUUUAAUUUCGAGGUGAAAUUUUAUCCACCGGAUCCGGCCCAAUUACAAGAAGAUAUAACUCGUUACCAACUAUGCCUUCAAAUAAGAAAUGAUAUUAUCACAGGACGAUUGCCAUGUUCUUUUGUAACUCACGCUCUUCUAGGUUCAUAUUUAGUUCAAUCAGAAGUCGGAGAUUAUGAUCCAGAAGAACAUGGCCGCACAUAUUUAAAGGAUUUCAAAUUUGCUCCUAAUCAAACUCCAGAGUUAGUGGAGAAAGUAAUGGAUCUGCAUAAAACACAUAAAGGUCAAACACCCGCAGAAGCGGAACUUCACUAUCUCGAAAAUGCAAAAAAAUUAGCAAUGUAUGGAGUUGAUCUUCAUCCUGCUAAAGACUCUGAAGGUGUUGAUAUAAUGUUAGGUGUAUGUUCAUCUGGACUUCUCGUCUAUAGGGAUCGACUGAGAAUCAACAGGUUUGCUUGGCCAAAGAUAUUAAAAAUCUCGUACAAAAGGCAUAAUUUUUAUAUAAAGAUCAGACCAGGUGAAUUUGAACAAUUUGAAUCGACAAUUGGUUUUAAAUUAGCAAAUCAUAGAGCUGCAAAAAAAUUAUGGAAAGUAUGUGUAGAACACCAUACUUUCUUCAGGCUCAUGAGUCCUGAGCCUGUAAAAAAAGUAGGUUUAUUACCACAUUUGGGAUCUCGUUUCCGAUAUUCAGGUAGAACUCAUUACGAAACGAAGAAGACUCCCAUUGACAGACAACCUCCACAAUUUGAAAGAUCUUUAAGUGGUCGUCGUCCUACAUCUCGUAGUAUGGAUGCAUUAGGAGGUCCUAAACAAGUUGAAUCUUAUGGUUCAGAACCAAGUAAGAGGCAUACAAUGAGCUAUGAACCUGAAAUGAUUCCUGAUAUGGAGCAUAUAGAUCAACGGCCUAGUCCAAUUAAAAAACAAAAAGAAAAGCUCACACGCAAAACAAGUGCUGGAACAACAUCAGCUAGCAGUACCAGUAGCCUGGAAGGAGAAUAUGAUGCAGAUCGUGGCAAAAAGAAACCGGUCGGAGGAAUUGCGGUCCUACCGCCCGGUGGUCUAUUUAAGAAGAAAAAGGAUAAACAAAAUGAAAACGAAAAAGAAAACCAUAAUGAUCUAAAUAAUUCCGAUUUAAUAAAUGAAAGUGCUAUUCUUGAUAAUAAUGAUAUAAAAUCUAGUAAAAAAGAGCUUAAAAAAAAAGAAAAGGAAAUGAUAGAAAAGAAUAUUAUCCUUGAAAACAAUGACAAGAUAAAGUCACCUAGUAAAAAAGAAUUAAAAAAAAAAGAAAAGGAAAUGGCAGAAAAAACUGCUAUUCUUGAUAAUAAUGAUAUAAAAUCGCCCAGUAAAAAAGAAUUAAAAAAAAAAGAAAAAGAAAUGGCAGAAAAAAUAGCUAUUCUUGACAAUGAAAUAAAGUUAGUUAAUAAAAAGGAAUUGAAGAAGAAAGAUAAAGAAGCAUCAGAAAAAAAAGAUAAAGAAGUAUCAGAAAAAAAAGAAAAAGAAGUAUCAGAAAAAAAAGAAAAAGAAGUAUCUGAAAAAAAAGAAAAAGAAAUAUUAGAUAAAAAAGAAAAAGAAAUAUUAGAUAAAAAAGAAAAAGAAAUAUCAGAUAAAAAAGAAAAAGAAAAGUUAGAGAAAAAAGAUAAGGAAACAUCAGCGAAAAAAGACAAGGAAAUGUCAGAAAAAAAAGAUAAGGAAACAUCAGAAAAAAAAGAUAAAGAAAAGAAAGACAAAAUAAAGGUAAGUACGGAAGAAUUAUAUUUAUGUGAUCUCAUCGAAGGAUAAACUAUUUGUAUAGCUGAAUCAUUCAUGUAAUAGGAGUUCAUUGAUUUGUCUUACUACCUAUUUUUUGUUUAAAUAAUCAGAUUCAGAUAAGUAGAUUUUUUAAUA